AUGGUUGCAGCACCCGAGAUCCACGACCCCGCGAAGUUUGAUGACUUUCACGUCCACCAUGUAACAUAUAAAGUUGUCGCUGAGCAUUCAAUUGACCUGUCGAUUCUCGUUCCAAACAUUUUAGUUGAGAGUGGCGAGCUGUCAGAGAAAACACCCUUGAUCACUGAAUUCCAUGGCGGCUUUCUGAUCGGAGGAAACCGCAUCUUUUCCCCUUGGUUCUCAGACUGGCUCAUUGAGUUAGCUUUGUCCAGGCGCGCAAUUAUAGUGACCCCAGAUUACCGUCUCCUCCCCGAGGCAAAUGGUCAUGAUAUUCUCGCAGACCUGGCCAGCUUUUGGAAAUGGCUACCCGACAACUUGGAACACAAGCUCGCGAGUUUUUAUCCUCACAUUCACAUCCGCCCAGAUUUCGAUCGGAUACUAGCUACAGGGAGCAGUGCCGGAGGAUGGAUGGUCUCCCAGAGCAUGCUCUUGCAUCCCGAAAUUAAUAUCCAGGCAGCUAUUAUGGCUUACCCAAUGAUCAAUCUCCGCGAUAAAUUUUGGACAGAAAAAUAUGAAAAGCCUAUUUUUGGCUUGUCAACUCUGCCUUAUGAGAUUGUGGAAAGUCAUUUGGAAAGUUUACCUCCGAAUGCAGUUUUCACUACGGAUGGAGAUAUAGAGAAGAAAGUGGAACUAUUGAGACCGCCACUGGCAAUCAGUAUCGUCCAACAUGGAAAGUAUCUCGACUUCUUCGGUCGAGAUACCAAGCUUUUCCCCUUCGAAAACUUACCACUCGCGAAAAGGCUUCCUCCUUUCGUUUGGCUGUUUCAUGGACGUCAAGAUUCUGCGGUGCCUUGCUCAGGAAGCGAGAAAUUUAUCGCUGAGAUCCAGAAGCAUAGGCCCGAUGUUCUUGUGAGGCUUGAUGUAAGAGAUGGAGAGCAUGGUUUUGAUGGCGAUGAUAAUGUCACCAUUUCUGAAGGAUGGAUGAAGGAGGGAGUUACUGAAUUAUCGUCAUAUUGGUAA